CAUUAUUUUCUUAUUAAAUAGAGUGCCUCAUUUAUUAGAUACAUAUAUUUCUAUAUUAUUGUUCAGUGCGAGGUUAGACGCACGUGUCUGUUACAAUCGGAAUAAAAUUAUUUGAUUAAAAUGAAUAUUUUAAAGAACAACUGGUACACAGAAUCAUGUGACUUGUGGCCUGGUGGUACAUUCUCGUUUGAAGUGAAAGAAAUUCUUCAUCAAGAGAAAUCGCCAUAUCAAGAUAUAAUUCUAUGUGAUACAACAAGUUUCGGUCGUGUCCUAAUCUUGGAUGGAAUCAUACAGUGCACAGAGAAAGAUGAAUUCUCUUAUCAGGAAAUGGCGUCAUUCUUACCACUGUGCAGUCACAAGAAUCCUGAGAAGGUAUUAAUUGUUGGGGGAGGAGAUGGUGGUGUUGCAAGGGAGGUCUCUAAGCACCCUAAAGUCAAAGAAAUUGUUCAGGUAGAAAUUGAUGCAAAAGUAGUUGAACUAUCGAAAAAGUAUUUGCCCUUCAUGUCAGUAGGUUUUAACAGUCCAAAGCUGACUUUACACAUUGGGGACGGUUUUGAGUUCAUGAAGAACCACAGCAACGAAUUCGACGUUAUUAUAACAGACAGUAGUGACCCAGUGGGACCUGCGGUGAGCCUUUUCCAAGAGAACUACUUCGCACUAAUGAAGAGUGCACUAAAACCGAACGGUAUCGUUUGUUCACAAGCCGGAACAUUCUGGAAUGAUCUAGAUUUUGUAUCGAACACAUUGAAAUACUGCAGGAAUCAGUUCCCGGUUGGUGCGUACGCAUAUACUUCCGUGCCAACUUACCCUUCAGGGUUGAUAGGUUUUGUUAUUGGAUCUUUGGAUGCUGAAGUCAAAUUUGACAGCCCACAGAUUACAUUCACUAAAGAAGAGGAGAGGGCAAUGAAUCUUAAAUAUUACAACAGCGAUAUUCACAAAGCCGCUUUUACGUUGCCGACAUUCUUAAGGAAUCGACUAAACUAAUUAUUAACUACUAUAGUACUUAAAAGUGCAUUUAUUUUGUUUUUUUUUUAUAUUUUAGCAUAAUAAUUGAAUUCAUUUUUAGUCUAUGGAUGUGUCGUUUUUUAUUUACAUAAAUUACUAAAUUGGUAAAAAUGUUUAAGAAUCGUGUUUGUGUAUUAAAUCAUAAGCAUAUUAUUUCAUGUGUAAGUUUUAUCAAUCAUUAUUUUAUUUUAGAGUUGUCAAAUAUUUAACUAAAUUCCAUAAUGGUAAUUCAAAUAUCUAAUAAUGUAAUCUCUUUGAUAAGACAAAACUAAGUGGUAAUUAAACCAAGAUCUAUGUAACGAAUACUCAUAUAUUAAUGUAAUGUAUUUUUAUAACAUUCCAAUCUAAAACCUGAAAUUAUGUAAAGAAAUAGAACAUCUUUAUUUGUGAUUUUUUUCCAUAUAUCACUUUAUUUUAUUUUAAGGUUAUAAAAUAAUGCAUAAUGAUAACCUAUAAAACAUUUAUAGUUUACUAAUUUUAGGUUUUCAAUUGGAAUAAACCUUAAUGCAUUCCAAUACAUUCCUAUAUCUUUUUAUCUAAGAUUUUUAUACAUUUAGUGUUAAGUUGACAAAUCUCGAAAUAUAUGUGCCUUCAAGAAUUACAGGUGAUACAUAUUUUUAUAUGAUAUUUUUUUUAAUAUUUUAAUAUAAUGUUAUAAUGGGGAUAAUAAAUU